UAUAGACUUUCUAUCACCUCAUGUUUUUUACACAAUAUUUGAUAAUUUUGACACGGAAAUUGUGUUAAAAACAUAAGGUGGUAGAGAAUUCGUAGAGAGUCAUUUUGAAGAGUCUUCUUAGCAUUUCUUCAUUAUAUAAUAGUUAGAUUAUUAAAUUUGGUUGAACUUUAGCAUAAUUGAUAUUUAAAGAGUAAUAUCGAAAAUAAAAAAAAUUUAAAUUACGACAUUGCAAAAUAAAAAACAAAAUAAAACAUAGAGCGAAAAAAUUUAAAUGAGAAUGUUACUAACAUUGGUUCGGAAUUAACAUUAAGAGGAAAUAUAAGUUUCUACCCUCCUAUUCUUGAAAAGCAAACAUGAUCCUUCUCUUCAACGUGAAUAAAACAUCUUUCAGAGUUUCCAAGAAUUUUUUGGAUAGUCUUUGUCCUUCCAUGUUCCUUUCUUACAUCUUUUCCUCUCUCUUUCCCUGUACCUUCUCGCCCAGCAGGAUGUUGUUUCUCAAGUCACUAUGUAAACAUUAUUAUAUAAACUUCUGUUUUUGUUGAUUGAAGGAUCUUGACUUGGGUUUUGGUAUGUUUCAGUAUCAUCGGUUCGGCAACACAAACACAACCACUGUCAUUUUUUCAGUCGUGAUCUGAACCCACUGCAGCACCAUAACGAUGGAUAUCGCCAUGACAGCCCACGGUGCCUCCUCUUCAUCAUCCUCCUCAAAACUCUGGAAGUACGACGUGUUCUUGAGCUUUAGAGGCGAAGACACACGCAAGGGCUUCACGGGCCAUCUCCACAGAGCAUUGGAAGAAAAGGGCUACAAGGCCUUUAUUGAUGAGGACGAUCUGAAAAGAGGGGAAGAAAUAAAGCCCGAACUGUUGCGAGCCAUCGAAGAGUCAACGAUCUCUAUCAUUGUCUUCUCAAAGAGGUACGCGGAUUCGAGUUGGUGUCUCGACGAGCUGGUGAAGAUCAUGGAGUGCAGAUCCAAACUGAAGCAACAUGUUUUGCCAAUAUUCUAUGAUGUUGAAGCUUCAGACAUCAGGAAGCAGGAAGGUAGUUUAGCCCCAAUGUUUCAGAAGCACGAAGAGAACAUCCGUAAAGAAAAUGAUGACAAAAAACGGGAAGCCAAGAGAGAAAGGGUAGAGCAGUGGAGAGAGGCUCUUACUGAAGCUGCAAACUUGUCUGGUUACGAUCUUAAAAACACUGAGAACGGGCAUGAAGCAAAGCUUAUUCAAAAAAUUAUUUAUGAAAAUAUAUGGAAAUGGCUCCCUAGCACAAACAAAUUACAUGUGGCCAAGCACCCAAUUGGAAUCAAUUCUCGUGUUGAAGAUAUUAUCACCUACCUGUCAAGUGGUGAAUCGAAAGAUGUUGUCAUGGUUGGAAUUUGGGGGAUGGGUGGAUUGGGUAAAACAACGGCUGCCAAAGCCAUUUAUAACCAUAUGCAUCCUAAGUUUGAAUCCAAGAGUUUCCUUGCCGACGUUAGCGACACUACAAGUAAACAUGGCCUGGUUGAUUUGCAAAAAAAACUUAUUUCUGACAUCUUGCAAAUGAAGUUUGAAAUAAGCUGUGUUGAUGAAGGUAUCGGUCUGAUAAAACAACAGUUUCGACAUAGAAAGGUACUUGUCAUCUUGGACAACAUAGAUAAAGAGGAACAAUUGGAUGCAAUAACUGGAAACCAUGAUUGUUUUGGCGCAGGAAGUAGAAUUAUCAUAACGACACGAAAUGAACGUCUACUAAUAAAUGUGGACAAAGUAUAUCCGGCUCAGAAAUUGAAUGAAGGAGAAGCUCUGGAGUUCUUUAGUUGGCAUGCAUUUCGAAAUAGUCGGCCUAAUGAAGGAUAUCUUCAACUCUCAGAAAAAGUUGUUUCUUACUGUGAUGGUUUGCCACUAGCCCUUGAAGUUUUAGGUUCUUCUUUGUUUAAAAGAACCAUAGCAUGGUGGGAAUGUCAAUUGAAGAAAUUGGAAAGAAUUCCUGAUGGAAAAAUAAUAAAACCGCUAAGAAUGAGCUUUAACGGGCUAGAUGAUACGGAGAAGACUACAUUCCUUAACAUAUUUUGUUUCUUUAUUGGAGAGGACAAGGACCAUGUCGCAAAAUUAUUAGAUAUAUGUGGAUUUUUUGCAACAGUAGGAAUUAGUGUCCUCUGUGAACGAUGCCUUGUAACUGUUGAAGACAAGAUGUUGUGUAUGCAUGAUUUGCUUAAAGAAAUGGCCAAAGUAAUCAUUUCUGAGAAAUCUCAUGAUCACCCUGGAAAAUGGAGCAGGUUAUGGAAUCAUGAAGAUGUCAUCGAUGUAUUGACAUAUAAAUCUGGAACUGAAGAAGUUGAAGGACUUGCUCUACAUUUGCCUUAUGGUUAUGACAAUGCUAGUUUCAGUACAGAAGCAUUUGCUAAUAUGAAGAAACUGAGGUUGCUCCGGCUCUACGACGUAGAGCUUAAUGGAGAAUACAAACAUCUUCCCAAAGAGUUAAUAUGGUUGUGUUGGCGUUACUUCCCUUUGCAGUUCAUACCAGAUGACUUUUUUAAUCAACCAAGACUAGUUGUUUUAGAGAUGCAGUGGAGCAAACUGGUACAAGUUUGGGAGGGUUCCAAGUCGCUACAUAACUUGAAAAUCCUUAAUCUCAGCUGGUCUCGUUCCUUACAGAAAUCACCAAACUUUUCACAAGUCCCAAAUCUUGAAGAGUUGAUAUUGGAAGGUUGUGAGAGUUUGUUCAAGAUUCACCCCUCCAUUGGUCAUCUUGAAAGACUUUCUUUGGUGAACCUUAACGGUUGCUGUAAGCUUAUUUCUCUUCCAAGGGAUUUCUAUAAAUUGAAAUUUGUUGAGACUCUUCUUCUUAAUAGAUGUUCCAAAUUCAGAGAAUUGCAUGAGGAUAUAGGGGAAAUGAUAUCACUGAGAACACUUGAAGCAGAGCAUGCAUCCAUAAGAGAAGUACCACCUUCGAUGCUAAGAUUGAAGAAUCUCACUCGUUUAUCCCUUGACUACAUCAGCUUAGGAGAAUACAAACAUCUUUCCAAAGAGUUAAUAUGGUUGCGUUGGGAAGGAUGCCCUUUAAAGUCCAUGCCAGAUGACUUUUUUAAUCAAAAUAAACUAGUUGUUUUAGAGAUGAAGUUUAGCGAACUGGUACAAGCUUGGGAGGGUUCCAAGUUGCUACAUAACUUGAAAACCCUUGAUCUCAGCUAUUCCAUUUGCCUAAUUAAAUCACCGGACUUUUCACAAGUCCCAAAUCUUGAGGAGUUGAUAUUGGAAUGCUGUUUGAAUUUGUCUGAGAUUCACCCCUCCAUUGGUUAUCUUAAAAGACUUUCUUUGGUGAACCUUCACCAGUGUCGCAAACUUAUUUCUCUUCCAGGGGAUUUCUACAAGUCGAAAUCUGUUGAGACUCUUCUUCUUAAUAAUUGUUAUCAAUUCAAAGAACUGCAUGAUGAUAUAGGGGAGAUGAUAUCAUUGAGAACACUUGAAGCAUAUAAUACAGCCAUAAGAGAAGUACCACCUUCCAUAGUAGGAUUGAAGAAUCUGACUCGUUUAUCCAUAGUAGGAUUGAAGUACGUAGAGCCUAAUGGAGAAUACAAACAUCUUCCCAAGGAGUUAAUAUGGUUGCGUUGGUUUGGAUGCCCUUUAUUGUCCAUACCAGAUGACUUUUUUAAUCAAGAUAAACUAGUUGUUUUAGAGAUGCAGCGGAGCUUUCUGGUACAAGUUUGGGAGGGUUCCAAGUCACUACAUAACCUGAAAACCCUUGAUCUCAGCUAUUCCUAUUCCUUACAGAAAUCACCGGACUUUUCACAAGUCCCAAAUCUUGAAGAGUUGAAAUUGGAAUGGUGUUCUAGUUUGUCCGAGAUUCACCCCUCCAUUGGUCAUCUUAAAAGACUUUCUUUGGUGAACCUUAUAAGGUGUCACAAUCUUUGUUCUCUUCCAAAGGAUUUUUAUAAGUCGAAAUCUGUUGAGACUCUUCUUCUUAAUAGGUGUUGGAAAUUCAGAGAAGUGCAUGAGGAUAUAGGGGAGAUGAUAUCACUGAGAACACUUGAAGCAGAGCAAACAGACAUAAGAGAAGUACCACCUUCCAUAGUAAGAUUGAAGAAUCUCACUCGUUUAUCCCUACAAGGUGUGCAACGUAUUCAUUUGCCACAUUCGUUACACGGCUUAAACUCUUUAAGGGAAUUAAAUCUCUCACUAUGCAAAUUAGCUGAUGAUGAAAUCCCUAAGGAUCUUGGGAGUCUAAUUUCUUUACAAGUUUUGGAUCUUUCACGGAAUGAUUUUCAUACCCUACCCAGUCUCAGUGGUCUUUCAAAGCUUGAAACUCUGCGGUUAAAUAGAUGCUUUAACCUUCGUACAAUCCCUGAUAUACCACCAAAUGUGAAAGUUCAGCAUGAGUAAUAUCUUGAGGUCGAUGCGUGCAAUGUUAUGUAGGCAGAGAAGAUUGGGAGGAGCUACUAUAUGAAGAUUAUCUUUUCAAGCUUUUACUUUGGAGUUUGAGGAUCUUUGGGGCUCUUGAAGCAGAUACUACAGCCACAAGACAAGUACCACCUUCCAUAGUAGGAUUGAAGAAUCUC